AAGGGAAAGAGAGAAAAACGGCUUCAUCUCUUUAUCCUCUCCCACCACCCAAGCCGCCACACCCCUCCUCUCUCACGUGUUCCUCCUCCGGCCAACGAUUCAGCGUUUCUCGACGAGAUUUUCGAGCAGAUCCGGCGACUCCCUUGCAGUGGUGCGGCGCUUUUCAAGCAACAUCGGCGGCCACCCUCCUCCACUAACGACGAAGACCUUCGGCAGCGGCUCAGCGAACGGUCGAUUGCGGCAAUUCUCCUCUACCCUCGACGGCGCGGCAUCCGUCGUAUUUCAGAGGUAUGCACCUGGUGAAAUCGAUGAGACCGGAGAGAUUCUUGAAGAAAAUUGGACUGGGCAGAGAGGACCGUUACUUCUGGAAGCAAGUUGGCAAGGCUCUAUUGUGUACGUAUACCCUGAUUGGCGUUGCGUGGCUCUACAACGAAACAUCACCCUUUGGUUGGUGGACGCUGAAGCCACGRUCCAAGGCAGAGAAGGAUUUGGCUCACCUCUAUGAGCGGCGGGAGUUUCCAUAUCCAGGUGAUGAGGAAGCUAUGGAGGAGUUCAUUGCCAAGGGUGGAAUGAUUGGAACUGCUAUCGGUCCAAAGGGGAUACUUGAUUUAGAUAAGGAUUCUUAUAACUAUCAGAAAGAAUUACAGAACAAAAAGCUGGAGCAAGAGGCCCAGAAGCUAUGGUUGAGGAUGAGGAACGAGGUCAUUUCGGAACUUCAAGAGAAGGGCUACGAUGUCGAGUGAGGUUUUGUACAUCCAAGUAGACAGCUCAACUGGAAAUGGUGAUGGUGUCUAAAUUAGGAGUGAUUACCCUCUUGCGGAACCGUCUCAGUGGUGUCUAAAUUAGAAGACACGAGUUUGUCAAAACUCAAGAAUUUGAAGAUUCUCGAUCUUAGUCGAAACCUCUCGGAGCUUUUGAAAUAGGACAUAAGCUAUAAUAGAAUUUCCAGAAUACUUGUAAGCUACCAAUAGAUGUGAGCUUUCAAUUGAUUUGGAAAUUUUGGAAUA